GUUACAGUAAGUUAAGCUCCGAAUUUUUUUAAAGUUCCAGUGAGUUUCUUCUGUUGUCCUGUUGGAAAAAAAAUAUUUUAAUUCGUUCGCAAUGUUUUAAUAAUUUUAAUUUUUUCGCAAUGUUUUUUUUUUUUUUUUUGCACAACAAUAUCCGGGUGACGGCGCUACCGCCAAUUAGCUCCUACUUCCUCUGGAGUCGUUGAGUACAACACGUUCUCACUCCCAACUCGUCACAUAUUGAAGCUUGGUCAGGAUCCCUUUGUCGUCAUGUUUUAACUCACUGGGGAUUCCCAUAGACUUCUGACCGGAACCGGCGGCGUUGACAUUUGACCUGCAGGAGCUGACCGCAGUGUGUACGGGACUCGAGACUAUGAUAAAUAGGAAUAAAAAAGAAAAGGCUGCAAUAAAUUAGUUAUGGCAGGGCGAUUCGAUUGGCGUCCCCCAGGUCAUAUUUAACUGAUUUUUUAUUUUAAAAACCACUCGUUGCCUGAUAUCAAAGUGCGUCUGUGAAACAGGUUCAGCGGUGACUUUAACAGCGCUCCAGCGAGCAACAGCAGUAGUGUAUUCCUCGUAAUGCUGCUGUUUUGUCGAGGCUUGUUGAUGAUGAUAAACGUAUUUAAUGUGGUGUGAUUAUGUUUGGUUAAUCAGUGAUUAAUCAGCGCAAUGCGAUGCAAUCAACCUAUUAUUUAUUUAUCUAUUUAUUUAUUUAUUUAUGUGUUUGUUUGUUUGUUUGAUUGAUUAUUUAUUAUCUUUAUUUAUUUAUUAAUAAGUCAAUCAAUCAGUGAUGCUGACGUCAUUGUAAGGCGCGAUCCCAAGGUCCACUGCGAUUUCCCGCUUGGUCCUUCAAAUUUGCCAGCUUCCAACAUUCUCCUUUAUUUUAACCUCCCUCCACACACACACACACACACACACACACACACAAACCAAAGGCACUUUUAAGAGCCACGUCUGUCUUGUUAACCUGUACUUGUCUCUCUGUAGCUCGCUCUGUCUCUUUCUCUAUUUGCAUUGUUCUAUCUGUCCAUCUUUCUGUUUCUCUCAAUAGGUCCUACAAAAACUCUAUUUUAACACAUUGUCUGUUUUUUUGUUUUUGUGUAUAUUUCUUCUUUAUAUGUCUUGUCAAGUUAUGACGAGGCCCAAAUUCCGGCCCUGCCCAUCUUGCCAGACUCCCAAUCAGGCAAGCAGGAAAAGUUGUUAUGUCUGCUUUGGAAGUCUGUCCACUAAACAAAAAAUAAAUGACAAAGUGGUGUCACUGGAUAGCCAGUGGGGGCAAUCUGUCAAGAAAAGCAGAAAUGUUGGGCGCAUAAUUGAUUCUGCCCGUAUUGCAGUGCGGAAACUUGAGGCAGUGGGUUACAAGCCCAUUUUAUUUAUUGGAAAACAAAAUAAAAAGGCUUCAAAUAAGUGGGUUGCAGACAUAAUUACCCAUCUGCACCCCACUCCUGUCACAAGAAAUGUUUUGGAGAAGAUGCGAAGGGCUUAUGAAUUUAUCUUGACUAAGGCAACCUCCACAGCACAGCAGCUGGACAGUGACAUCCCCACAGCAGAGCAGCACAACAGCCCCCGUCAGGAGCAGUGCAGUGGUUCCAUUCUGGAGCCGGAGAGCCUCACCGAGGACCUGCCGGAGAGCCUCACCGUGGAGCAGCCGGAGAGCCUCACCGUGGAGCAGCCGGAGAGCCUCACCGUGGAGCAGCCGGAGAAUCUCACAAAGGAGUCCGAGACUUCUUCUCCACCUCCACUGCCAUGCUCUAAGUCUUUGCAACAGAGGAAGGAAAGGACAAAAACCUCAAUCUGUUCACCAGCACCUUCUGCCACCUCUGUCUCUCCUCCAUCUCUUAUCCCCACAGAUCUCUCCCUUCCACAGUCUUGUCCUCCACCUGCUGCCUCUUCCAUCUCCCAGUCCUUGAGUCAGGAGGGGCCAAGUGUGAAGAAGAAAAGAAAGGGUUGCCGAAAAUGUAGUAGACAGAAGAUCUUCCUGUUUGAUAAAAUAACUGGGGAAAGAAUAAAUGAGGCAAGCAGCAUAGAAGUUUCUGUUAUUGAUGUCUGUGGCAAGAGAAAGGCUGAUGUGGCUAAACUUGGGAUGACACAUGGGAGCCUGCCAGCGAGUUCCAGCAUUUUUUGCCAGUGUCUCCAAAUCCCAGCCAUCUUUCACCAUGACAGUCUCCUCACCCUGAACGCCUGGACUCGUCAAGCACACUUUUGCUUGCUGUUCUUCAUUAAACUUUUUGCACAGUGCAUACACUCUUUUAGUAUUUUUUUAAAAAAGUUGUCAUUUUAAACACCUUUUGCAUUUGUCAUGAACUGCGUAACAGCCAGGUAGGGUAGCAUGGAGAGGGCCUGCUACAAACAUGCUGUUUGUUAUAAUGGCAUGCCCAAACAUAUUAUUUUUAAAGAUUUUUGCAGUGCAAUUUUAGUAUUGCAUUGAUGCAAACUCCUUUUUUUUUGCUCAGACAACUUUUUUUGAGAGCAAAAUGAGAAAGUGAUCCAAUGAGAAAGUGUUUUUAUUAUAUUUUAAUAUUCAGUUAUGAAAAGUUAGACUGGUCUUAUUUGUUUUGGAAAAGAAAGGCUGAUAACCACUUGGCAACUGCUACCAAGUUUUGUAUAGUAUUUUCUUUACUCUUUACUAAAAUGUCUAAAAAGGGUAAUAUUUUAUGUAAUUGAGGUCUGAGAUGUGGAAACGGUGAAGAGAGAGAAGGCAAACAUUUUGCAUUUUAGGUCUAAUCAUCCAAUAUUGUCUUAAAUAACCUGCAUAGCACUUCAUCUUUUAUAACAUGGGAUUUUGACCAAAUAUAUUCAAUCUUGAUUUUUGUAAACUGUUGCAAAAAUAUGUUUGUUUGUUUUUUUUGGUGUAAAAUUACAGUUUGGACAUAUAAGGUAAUAAAAAUAUUUAUAAAAAUACCUGGAAGUAUCUACAUGUGAGCAUGUAAAACAAAUAUCUUUAAAAAAAAUUCCUUGUGGAGCAUGCCCCCGGUUCUCACCUUUUUACCCCUUUUACCUGUUUGCAUCUGUUUAUAGGUAAGUUUACAUGAACUGUCUGUCUGUUAUGCCAAACAUUA